AUGCCAAUUGAUUAUCAAGUCAUCUUCAACGAAGUCACUUCAGAGGAAGCCGAAUUUUUUCUGGCAGACGGAAGGGUUUUCAGUCACGCACUCCCAACAUCCAUUCCAACUCCUCCAAUACCCAACACAACGGACAAACUACUUCCCGAGCUCGUUGACAGCAUUUUCAAUGCAAGACGAAUGACUUGGUUUGACCCUGACCGCCCUUACCUCCCGCUUAUCCCUCGUUUUGACAUCAUACUUCUGCGGUCUCAUCCCGCAUUUUAUUGCCUUUCACACAAGAAUGGAGUCUUUCCGGUCAUCCAGAUUGCUGGUGGGCAAUGGAAAUUAGACCCGUCAACGGCUGAGAAGUGGGAUACGCUCGAAAAAUGGCUCAAAGUUAUGGCGAAACAGUUGGCGAGGAUAGGGGAUCCAGGCACGCCUCUAAUUUCUUCCUCCUUCAGCAUGUGGCCCUAUCCUGCGCGAUACGGGUAUCUCAGCUUCGUUGGGGCAAAGGCAGAUGUUCAACGCAUGGCCGCUCUUGCACGAGACGCUUUUUUCCUGCUCAUUGCGACAUGCACCUUUUUCAUCCUGUGCUGUCGAGACCGGGCGGCCAAAGAUCCCUACUUUGAUUGGACAAGUCAGCUGCAUGCUGAAAACUCCCAACAGUCGAGAGUCGUUAAAAUCCACGCGUCCUGGAUCCAUGACCUCCUUGCAUCGUUUGCUGGGGAUCCAACGGUAGAGAGGAUUGGAUCAAUCUUCGAACCCAAGGACCAUAGGACUCUUCCCUUCCUUCGACUAUUUCGCGAGGUGAAAAUGCCGAUGCUUCUCCACUGGGGAAACCUCUGUUCAGGUCAGCAUCCAUUAAGUGUCCAACAACCACCUUUACCCAGCGGUUCUCUUAUCGACACGUUGAAGGAUUUUGCACCCUCAGCUAGUGCGAUCAAUCGUCUAAUACUAAAACAACAGGAAGUCAGAAAAACCAAUCACACGCAGAUCUUUUCUCCCCGAACAGUGGAGUUCGAGCAGAUCGAGUCCAUUCCGCUCCCAAAAAACUCCAAACAAAAACCAGGGGAGAACGUGCACGACUUCUUGAAGCGGCGCGAAGCUGAGCAGGAACGGCGAGCUCUCAACGAGAGCGCAGACCACCGGCGGGUUCGCCUUCAACGGGAGGUGGAUGCGAAGAAAACGCCGCCAGGUAAAAGAGCGGUAGUAUGCCAUUGGGAGAAAUACCAAUACAACUUUCGUGUCCGUACUCCACUUACACGGCGUGAAGUUGACGACGCCUGGGACCGGUAUGGUAAAGCACAGAAGAUAUAUAAUUCUUGGGAUCACUGUUGGGAUAUUUGCACCGAAUUUGGAGAAGACGAUCCCGAACCCUUUGAUGAGGACGAUAUGGAUGUUGAUAUCGAUAGAAAUCUUGGUGAAACAUUCCUUCCGGUGCUCGAAGACGGCGGGGACCUUCAGCUCGGUGGUCAGGCUCGGGACCUGGAGGAAGGAGAAAUUGAGGAGGGGGAAUUGAGAGAGGACGGUCCAACGACGUCUCCAAAUCCUCUGGCAGAUCAAGUAUCAUGGAAGCUGCUUAUGUCAAAUGAAGACAUUGAAGGUAUUGAUGUCGAUUUUGAUUACACCAUGGAGGACAUGGCGUACGCACGAUAUGGAUUUGUGGACCUCCCCUUCGACCUAGGAGACAAGGGCACCCCUUGGAACAUCACCUCCGAAGCACUGGGGAAUGGUCGCUGGCUGAAUAAUCCUCUCAAUGCACGGUUCAACGAGCGAGACCCAGAAUCGGAUACCAAGUUACGAUUACAAAGCCUUUUCCAUAAACUGGAAUCCUGCAACAUAAAUGGGCCUAUUCCCCGUAUUCCUGUCCUUGACACCAUUUUAAUCGAUUCUCCGCUUCGUACUCGGUCGUUUUGGAGGUUCUCCCUUGCUCAUCGCAAAAUCGGCGAGGAGGACUUCUUUCAGCUCGGCGGGAAGGAUGAAUUCCAUCUCUUACUCUCAGAUCCAAUAGCUGUUCUCCACAUUCAGAGGAUGAACUGGGGUCCUACACUGGUAGACGUUGCAUGUAAACUUGUACAACAUGGGAUUCGCUUCCAUACGCUACUCUGUGGACCACAGGGACCCCAAAGGAGCCACGCUCGAAAAUCUGAACGCAGUGGGGAACCGCGGCUUGGGUACCGACCGCAGACCUAUGCCCCUGAUGUGAACGACUUUCUGGCCUACGAGUCAUCAAGGAAUGAAUUCCUCAGAAGUCCACGAGGAAGGAUCGCUCUUCUUGAAGGUGGUAUCGUAGCAAGAAUUGCACGAGAGGUGGUGGAUGAGGAAACGGUUGUGUAUGGCCCCGACAAAUUCACGGUCUACACCACCGGAGAAUGCUUCUUUGAGGAAGAUGGGGUCGGAUAUUGGGGCGACGUGCUGACCGAGGAAGAGAUUGAUCUCAUAUGUGGUGUUUACUUUUGCGCAACCAAAAACCAAAAGGAUUGGGGCGAUCCUAAGUAUCUCUCCUCUCAUCGUUCUUGGUUUCCCCGUCCCGGCUCCUUCAAUCACGGGAGCCUCAAUAUCGGAGUCUGGUCGAAAGAUUGUGAGAAAUGGUAUCAACAUCGUUUGAAGGAAUGCCGUUCUGGAACGAAAGUGAUGAGCGGUUCAAGUUGGAGAAGUGCCAUGCAAUUUAACCAUAAAGUUCCCAAGAUCAUUAAGAUUAGUCGAAAGAUUGCUUAUGAUUUUUUGCAAGCUCGGUGCUGA